AUGCCGCAUAACCCUAGUGUGAAAGCCGGUCGCACGGCAGCACAGUCACGCUGCACGCUGAACGCCAUCCCUCCUGCUGCGUUGGGGGGCAAGGAGCAACUGGUGCCUGCGCCUGGGUCUCGGCGGUGCGUCGAGGCUGCGGCUCCCAUGCCAGAGCUCAACCUUGACGAGACGAUCCGCAUUCGCGGCGUAUUCUCGGAGCUCGGCCAUGAGGAGUCUAUCACUAACAAAUUUGAUCUGCGCGUCUUGCUGGCGGAGUUGGGCAUAUACCCGUCUGACGAUGAGCUGACUCUCUUGCUGGAGGCCUUUGAGUGCAAGAUAACCUUCACCAACCUGUGCCACUACCUGCGCUUCUACAAGCGCGAGUUUCAAAUAUCGGCACAGCAGCGCCGCGGCAAUAAUCCAGCGGGUCCGGCACAAGACGACAGCGAAGACACACUGCGCGCGUUCAUCUCGCUCGGCGGUGGGGAGGAUGGCACGGGUACUGUCAACGUGGAGGAUCUGCGGGAGGUGUGCCGAAACUUUGGCCUCACCAUUGACAUUGACGCUAUGCUGAACAAUGUGGUGGACACGGAAAGCCAGAGCACGCUCAACUACACGGAGUUCUGCGAUAUGUGGCAGUCGCGGCGCCGCCGGAGCGAGUUUGGCUCACUAGCGUCGGUGCAGGAAAGCGCGUUUGACACCCGUGGCAGCCUGCGCGCCCUCGCCCUCGGCUACUCAGGUCAACUGAAAGGCAUCGCCGGUAGGUCGGACGCGAGCUCCACCCUGCAGGCCCGCCCCACCGUGAAGGAGGAAGACAUCGAUAUGUACCACUUCCCACAGUCGCAACGCGACCAAUCGCAGACCGGUUGUCUGCCGCACUCGGAAGAGGAGCAUCUGCAAGCUCUGCAGCGCUUCCUCUUCCCGGAGGUGUCGGCCAGCGUCGUGUCGCCCACCUGCGGCGCUGCGGCGCGACGCAAAGGCGGCCGCCGCCCUUCGGG